UUUCCGGUAUCUUCCAGCUGAGGAGCCUCUGGAUCGUUUCUUCUUCUUCUUCUCGGAGCUUCAUCAUCCAGCAUCGUCCGUCAGCGGCCAUAUGUAAUUUAUCCUCAUUCAUUCAGCACCACACGGACUCUGCGGCCUUUUGUUUGCGCCAAUUUGCGGGUUUUGUGUACGGGGAAAGCUGCGUGUUCGUGCCGCUUCGUGGUUCCCGGUGAGUCGGUGAGGCUCCGUCCGUCGCAGGCUGGGUGGUGACCGGCAGCACGAUGAUCGAGCGACCAGAGACUGCGGUUCCCAGCAUCGCUCAGCGGAACCUGGAGGGCUACGUCGGAUUUGCCAACCUCCCCAACCAGGUCUACCGCAAGUCGGUGAAAAGAGGCUUCGAGUUCACGCUGAUGGUUGUCGGUGAGUCUGGUCUUGGGAAAUCGACGCUCAUCAACUCCCUGUUCCUGACCGACCUGUACUCCAAGGACUAUCCUGGACCCUCCCAGCGCAUCAAGAAGACCGUGCAGGUGGAACAGUCCAAAGUGUUGAUCAAGGAGGGCGGCGUCCAGCUGACCCUCACCAUCGUGGACACGCCGGGGUUUGGAGACGCCGUGGACAACAGCAACUGCUGGCAGCCGGUCAUCAACUACAUCGACAGCAAAUGUGAGGAUUUCCUGAACGCCGAGUCGAGGGUGAACCGCAGAUCGAUGCCGGACAACAGAGUGCACUGCUGCCUGUACUUCAUAGCGCCGUCUGGACACGGUCUGAAGCCGCUGGACAUCGAGUUCAUGAAGCGACUUCACGACAAAGUCAACGUCAUCCCUCUUAUCGCCAAAGCCGACACCCUGACCCCUGAGGAGUGCCAGCUGUUCAAGAAACAGAUCAUGAAAGAGAUCCAGGAGCAUAAAAUCAAAAUCUAUGAAUUCCCGGACACGGAGGACGACGAGGACAACAAGCUGAUCAGAAAGAUUAAGGAGAAGAUGCCGCUGGCCGUCGUCGGCAGCAACGUGGUGAUCGAGGUGAACGGGAAGAAGGUCCGAGGACGGCAGUAUCCGUGGGGCGUCGCUGAAGUGGAGAACGGCGAACACUGUGACUUCACCGUGCUGCGCAACAUGUUGAUCAGAACCCACAUGCAGGAUCUGAAGGACGUCACCAACAACGUCCACUAUGAGAACUACCGCAGUAAGAAGCUGGCAGCCGUCACCUGUAACGGCGUGGACACCACCAAGACUAAGGGACAGCUCACCAAGAGUCCUCUGGCCCAGAUGGAGGAGGAACGCCGCGAACACGUGAUGAAGAUGAAGAAGAUGGAGGCGGAGAUGGAGCAGGUGUUUGAGAUGAAGGUCAAGGAGAAGAAGCAGAAGCUGAAGGACUCGGAGGCCGAGCUGGAGCGACGCCACGAGCAGAUGAAGAGGAACCUGGAGGCUCAGUACAAAGAGCUGGAGGAGAAGAGGCGGGUGUUCGAGGACGAAAAGGCCAACUGGGAGGCUCAGCAGAGAAUCCUGGAGCAGCAGAAACUCGACGCCUCCAAGACGAUGGAAAAGAACAAGAAGAAAGGAAAGAUCUUCUGAAGAGACGUCUCGCUUCAGUUUUUCCACAUUUAUUCCUUCAUCCCCUCUGAAGUUCACGUGGUCCUCAGAGAACACAAACGCAACACGACCCUCAGCUCUACACAACAUUCACACACAUUCACACACAAACAGAGCCUCUCUGCAGGGUUUACCGGAUCUUCGUCUUCAUGGGGAGUGCAUGUGUUUGUGAAAUUCUAUUUUCCUAUAUUUCCUGACAAGGAGGAGAAGCCGAGUUUCCUCCGAGCCGACGGUCAUGGCGGGGCCCAUAGCCAUCUGUACACAUGUCGUAGUUCUCUAGCAUCGUAGAUCUGCAGCUUUCUUCAACUCUUCUCCAACGUUUCACACGUCUGCACACGUUUAAAACACUCCGGAGCGAGUCGGCAGAAGGUUAAAGUGCACGUGGUGGAAGGUUUCUGGAUCGAGUGGAGGAACAGGUGGAGUUAAGGCCCGGUCGCACCUGAACAGACAGUUAAUUAGCCACCGUUAGCUUGCAAGCUAGCUGCUAGCAUGCUAACACUGCUCACCCCACUGUAGCUUCUUUAACUUGUUGUCUUUUGUUGACAGUAGAAGUUCUCAGGACUGUAAAUUAGUCAAGAAAUAAGUUACUUAAAUGAGUGAAAAGAAAAAAGGUAGACAAUAAGCCUGUGAUUAAACUUAUUGUCUACAUCCUUUUGACUAAAAUAAUGUUCCUCCUGUUAGCAAUAAAUUAAUAAAAUGACCUACGCUUUGCAAAAUAGAUUUGUUCAAAAGACGUAUGCUAACCGAACUUCGUUUUUUCUUGUUUUUUUUUAUUAGAAAUUACAUCUUCUAAGUUAAACAAUAGGCUUGCUAACAAGCUAAGCUAUGCGCUACCAAAGCUACGUGCUAACAUAGCUUAGUUCUUUCAUUAGCAACAUUAAUGCAUCUCCCAAAUGAUGUGUUUUUCCAGUUUAAAGUGCAACCAUGAAAAGAAACAAUAGGUUUGCCAAUAAAACUUGUUUUUGUUGAUUUUUUUAUUAGAAUUUACAUCUUCUAAGCGAACUUGUUUUUUGUCUUGUGUUUUUAUUAGAAAUUACAUCUUUUAAGUUAACCCUUUAAGCUUCAGUGUACCGCCGGCGGUACACCUACUAAUUUGCAUAGGAAUUUCAAGAAUGUCCGACGGGUGCAAACGCGAUUAUACAAACACUAUACACCGAUGGAAAGCUUAGAUUCUCAUGAAUCCGCCGGUAUAAACCACUUUCAGAUGCGAUUACCACAGCGGGUGAGAAAAACACAUUUGUCCGACAAAAACAAAUAUUCAUCCAUCCGUUCUCUAUACACGGCUUCAAAGCACACAGCGCGACUCACAUUUCCGGGUUUAUUAUUACACACAAAAAAAAAGAUUCCACAAAAAACGGCCAUAAUCCAACCUUUUACAUCAGAUGACACAAGCCAGUAAACUAUUUUGUCCAAAACAUGUCCUGAAGUCGGUAUAAAAUCCCCGAAUCUGUCAUUUUCAAGGAAAUGCACCUCCCGAUGCGCGUCCAAUAUUCCCCGUAUUUUUCGUAAUUUUUUUUAUUUAAAAAUAGAAUAUUAGCGAUUUUUUGUACUGAAAACGGCUGGAAUUGACUGAAGAUUAAAGGGUUAAACAAUAGGCUUGCUAACAAGCUAAGCUAUGUGCUAAUAAAGCUACAUGCUAAGUGUAAAGCUCUUUCAUUAGCAAAACACAUUUUCCAAAUAAAUCAAUAACUUUUCCUCAUCUUUACACUGAAGUAGUACAUUUGCUGUUGAAAAAUACAACCCAGAAAAGAAACAACAGGCUUGCUAAUAAAACGUGUUUUACUGCACCUUUGUUUUUUGUUAGAAAUGACAUUUUCUAAGUGAAACAACAGGCUUGCUAACAAGCUAAGCUAUGCACUACCAAAGCUACAUGCUAAGUUUAAAGCUUAGUUUCUUCAUUAGCAAAAACAUAUUUUACAAAUAAAUCAGUAACUUUUAGUUAGAAAAUACGUCUUUAGGCUUAAAUAGUAAGUUUGAUAAUGUUUGCUAGCAAAAGUUGUUUUCACAUUUGUAAAUACGACCCUGAAAAGAAACAAUAGUUUUGCUAAUGGAACUUUUCUUUUUAGAAAUUGCAUCUUCUCAGUUAAACAAUAUUCUAACAAAACUAUGCGCUAACAUAGCAGUUCUUUCAUUAGCAAAACACAUCUUCCAAGGCUAAAUUAAUAUGUUUGCUAGCGAAACUUCUUUGCUUGUUUGCAAGUACAUCUCCCUAAUAAAGUGAAAAAUACAACCCUGAAAAGAAAUAAUAGGUAUGCUCACGAAACUACUUUUUAAAAAAUUUCAUCUUAUAGGUUAAACAAUAGGCUUGCUAGGCAGAUAAGCUAUGUGCUAACAUAGCUACGUGCUAACAUAGCUUUAUUCUUUCAUUAGGAAAAUCCAUUUUCCAAAUAAAUCAAAAACUUUGUCAGAAAAUAUGUCUUUAACGUAACACAUGCGAAUGUUUGCUAUCAAAACUUGUUUUCAUAUUUUGCUGGUACAUCUUCCAAAUUAAAUGCAUUUCCAGGUUAAAAAAAAUAUGAAUUGCUAACAGAAUCUGUUUUCUGAUUAGCAAAUAUAUCAUUUGAAUUAACAAGUUUCUCUUAUUAGAAAACAAGACUUUUUAAAAUAAAACCAUAAUAAUAAUAAUAAUAACAAUAAGUUUGCUGAUGGACCUUUUUUCAUGUUAGCAAAGACUGUUUUUAAUACAGUCAUAGUUUGGUCUUUUCACUAAUAAAACAAUACAUUAGCUCAAUAAAGCAGGUCUUUUUUAGUAGAAGUUGCAAAGUUUAGGAGUAAAACUCCUGCUGGGUGUGACCGGGCCUUCGGUCGGGUUUCCUGUGAAGCAGCAGGUGUGUUUUAUUAAAGCUGUGUUUGAGGAUAAACGGUUGGACGGAGUGUUUGUCGUUGCGGCGAGUGUUUCCUGUUUGAAAUAGACAACAUUAUGCAAAACCGGUGUGUGCAAACGUUCCAGGUGACGGUGAUUACAAAGAUGUUUUAUAUUGUGACGUGAGUGAUGGAUGUUGUCGUAGACCUGAACCCUGAUAUCCGGACUUCCUGUGGCUAAAAAAACCCCACCAAAACAAGAACAAUUCAAUCUUAAUUCCAACUCGGUUUUAUAAUAUUCCACAUGAAACAUACCAGAAUAUAUAAAGUUCAGGCGGUUGAACCUUUAAUAAACCUUUUUUUUCCCAGAGUUGUCAUGUUUUAUUUUCAUAUGAUACUAAUAAUUCUCUAUGUACGGUUGAAGAACGACUCCUUAAACCCCUCGUAGUUUUCUUAACUGUUACUUUAGAUUAGUUUUUCUCGGACUGCCUGCGGUCUUCAUUUAAAAUGCAAAAAGGGACGAACCUUAAAAACCUUCAGCACAUAAGAUAUGACCUGUAUGGAUUUUGUUUAUGAUUUUGUGUACAUACUGCCGGCCGCUCGGUGGCCUUUUUCUCGUUUUGUUUCUUCUUUUUUUUCCAGAUUAUUAUGCUUCAGGAGUGAAUCAUGUGAAACUCAUCUUAAGUUUCGUCUAAACGUCUAUGCCAACGAGUUCUCAGGACCAAGUCGCUCCGUUUGACCCGACAGAAGCAGUUCUGUGGUCCUCCUUGUCGAACACUCGCCCUUCAAAUAACACCAAGUUACAACACACUUAAGUUUAGGUGGACCAUUUUUUCUUUUUGUAAUAUUUUCUUUUUUAUAUAUAUAUAAAUAUAUAUUACACACUGUUUUCUGCUUCUCUUCUUUGUUUUAUCAUGUGUUCUGUCUCUAACUGUACAUGGUUAAUAUUAAAGUUGACAAGGUUAUGCUUUAA